AUGCCUUAUUUUACUUUAACUGCAUCCAACACUCCAGAAGAGCUUGUAAAAGCCGCAACACUUCUAUUAUCUACAAUUAAGAAACAACCAAAGUUAACGAAUGCAUUUCGCAUGGAAGUUGAGAUUUCUAAUGAGAAUGUUCUGUUUCGAGUUUGUAUUGAUCCAGUAUCGUGGUAUGACGUAUAUCUACGCACCAAAUCUAGGACCGAAGCGGUUAUGAUUGCAAAAAAGUACAUUACAAAAACACGAAACAAAAUCCCACCCGAAAUGGAUGGUCCUUCUGUAGUAAAUCUAAAUUGCGAAGAUCUCGAAAAAAGAAAGGCGUAUACUCCAUGUAAUAGAACUUCUUUUCAUGCUAAAAAUUUGUGUGAAUAUGAUCAUACCGAGCAUAUAUGUAUGGUGAAAGUACAAACGCUUGAUUCUCGAGAAGAGAUAUGCAAUUUUCAUUGUCCUACAAAACUUAUCUUUGAGAAGUUCCCUACAGAAGAUUAUGUUAUGCUAUUGUGACGAGAAAUCAUCUGAGAGUUACUUCUUGCACCUUGUCCUAAUAAAGAAAAAGAUAAUCACUGCGAUAAUGAGGAAUUGUUAAAACGAAAUGAGUUCUGGUCAUUUCUGUUAAAACAAUGGAAACUCCUGAAAUUCCAUA